AUGGCGGAAGACACCAGAUGGCACGUGAAACUUGAGGAUCUUGUUUUGAGUGUCGGUUUCAGAGUCACAGAAUCCAAUCUGUCCGGUGGGAAGGAAAAAUCCUCAUGGUGGGGCUGCGGCCAGCACGUCCCUAUGGUCAUGGAUAAGCUUCCUCAGGAGUCGUGGUGCACCUGCGAGCCCAAGGUCGAGAAGGAGGGGACGCGGUAUCCGCCUAUGGCGCCGAAGGCGGAUUGA